AUGAGACCAUCAUUAAUAAGGUUAGUUAGACCUAGACGUCCAGAAAGACAAACUGAUCCUUUGUUACCUCCUUUAAAGCUUUACAGAUCCAUAUUGAGAGCUCAUAUUCAUAAAAUACCCGUUGAAAUCAGACCUUUAGGUGAUCAAUAUGUCAAGGCAGAGUUCAAAGCUCAUAAGAAUAUCGAUAAUCCUUUGCAUAUAGUAGGGUUUUUGACUCAAUGGCAAGAUUAUUUGAAGAACAUCGAUGGAGGUUCAUGGUUAAAAGGUAAAUUAUCACCUCAAGAUUUGGAAAAAAUGUCACCCGAACAAAUUGGUCAAUUAUAUGAAUUAAUGCAAGAGGCCAAAAAUGUAGGUAAAGAAGGAAAUUGA